AUGGCCUCCGCAAAUCUCACAGGCAAAGAAUACAAUGUGUUCCGCACGAUAAACGGCUCCAUCAUCGCCGCCCCCGCCAAGAUCCCCGAGCUCGGCCCCAAGGACGUGCUCAUCCGCGUCACGCACUCGGGCGUGUGCUACACCGACCUCGAGUUCUCCCACGCGGGCGCCCCGCUGGCGAUGGGCCACGAGGGCGUGGGCGUCGUCGAGGCCGUCGGCUCGGACGUGACCCAGCUCAAGGCCGGCGACCGCGCCGGCGGCGGCUUCCACAAGGCCUCGUGCGGCCACUGCGGCUACUGCCUGACCGGCCGCGACAUCCUGUGCUACGACCGCGUCAUCUACGGCGAGGGCGACUACGACAAUGGCUCCUUCGCCCCCUACUACGUCGGCAAGGAGAGCUACGUCCACAAGAUCCCCGACGCCCUGGACAGCGCCGACGCCGCCCCCCUACAAUGUGCGGGCGCCACCGUGUACAGCGCCCUGAUCAAGACGAUCCAGCCGCGCGACCGCGUGGGCAUCAUUGGUAUCGGGGGCCUGGGACACCUGGCCAUUCAGUUCGCCGCCAAGAUGGGCGCCGAGGUCGUCGUCUUCAGCACGAGCAAGGACAAGGAGCAGGAGGCAAGGGCCUUGGGCGCCAGCGAGUUCGUCCUCAUGGGUGAGCCCGAGAAGGUCCGCGCCCCGGUGCAGGCCAUGAUCAUCUCCAGCAACAAGUACCCAGACUGGGACAAAUUCGCCCAGAAGUCCGUCCUCGCAAGGGGCGGCGUCAUCGUGCCUCUCUCCGCUCCAACUCGAGGGCCUCUCGUCCUGCCAGCCGACCGGAUCUUCUGGGAUAUCUUCCACAUCCAGAGCAGCCUCGUUGCCUCGCGGGCCGAACACGACGACAUGCUCGACUUUGCAGCACGCAACGGCAUCAAGCCUACGAUCCAAGUCUUCAAGCAUGAAGGUGCAGAGACUGUCAGCCAGAUAUUCGAGAAACUGCAGGCUGGGAAGAGCGACACCCUCCUAGAAAUCGAGAAGUGA